AUGUCUACUGUCCAUGUUAUUGACGUUAAUUCGGGUAAUUUACAGUCUCUAUCCAAUGCAAUUACCUCUCUAGGAUUUAAAGUGGAAUUUAUUACCCAGGGAUCAGAUCCAGCUUUGGAGACAUGUUCAAAAUUGAUUCUUCCAGGUGUCGGUAAUUUUGGCCACUUUGUGUUGCAGCUUCACGAACGUGGCUUUGUGGAACCACUCAAAAAAUACAUUGCCUCGGGGAAACCAAUUAUGGGUAUCUGCGUGGGGUUACAAACACUUUUCCAGGGGAGUGAAGAAAGCGAAGGAGUAGAAGGUUUAAGUUUGCUGCCUGGUUAUUUAGUCAAAUUCGACGUCACUCACAAAAGUGUGCCACAGAUCGGCUGGAACAGUGUUUCUCUCAAAUCACACGAAGAAUCAGCCAAUGCACUUUACGGUAUCUCUGAAGAUAAAAGGUAUUAUUUUGUUCAUUCAUUUGCUGCUGUCCGUACCCCGGAUGAAAUAACAAAACUUUACGAAACAGGCUGGGAUCUUGCAUUAUGCACAUACUUGGAUGAAACUUUUAUUGCAGCGGUUGCUAAGAAUAACAUCUUUGCUACACAGUUCCAUCCAGAAAAAUCAGGUAAAGCCGGCUUAAAGGUCAUUCAAUCUUUCUUAACUACAGAAAAGUAUUCUCAUGUCGAAUUACACAGUGCAAAUGCCGCCAAAACGGAUACAGGCUUAACUAGAAGAAUAGUUGCCUGCUUGGAUGUGCGUACCAACGAUCAUGGUGAUUUAGUUGUUACUAAGGGUGACCAAUAUGAUGUACGUGAAAAAUCAGGGGAUGGUAAUAAUGUCAGAAAUCUUGGUAAGCCUGUGGAAAUGGCUGAAAAGUAUUAUAACCAAGGGGCUGAUGAAGUAACUUUUUUGAAUAUCACAUCCUUCAGAAACUCACCUGUGAAGGAUUUACCAAUGUUGGAGGUUUUAAGACUAGCGGCAAAGACAUGUUUUGUUCCAUUGACUGUGGGUGGCGGUAUAAGAGAUGUGACUGAUCCAGACGGAACUAAACAUUCUGCAUUAGAAGUGGCCUCUUCAUAUUUCCAUGCCGGUGCCGAUAAAGUGUCUAUUGGAUCUGAUGCAGUCCGUGCCGCAGAGGAAUUCUAUGAAAAUGGUAAUAGAGGUUCUGGCAAUUCUCCGAUUGAAACAAUCUCUAAAGCAUAUGGUGUCCAAGCAGUUGUCAUUUCUGUCGAUCCAAAACGUUUCUAUCUUUCUGAUCCCUCCACUUGUAAAUACAAAACUAUUAAAACCUCUAUUCCAGGUCCAAACGGCGAAGAAUACUGCUACUACAAAGUCACUUCACAAGGUGGCCGUCAAAUUCACGAACUGGGUGCAGUUGAAUUGGUAGUCGCCUGUGAAGCAUUGGGCGCCGGUGAGAUUCUGCUUAAUUGUAUUGAUAAGGAUGGUUCCAACAGUGGCUUCGAUUUCGAAUUGAUCAACAUGGUUAAAAGCAGUGUCACCAUUCCUGUCAUUGCUUCUUCUGGUGCAGGUAAUCCACAACAUUUUGUUGAUGUUUUUAAUAACACUAAAACCGAUGCUGCAUUAGGAGCAGGUAUGUUUCACAGGGGAGAAUACAAGGUUAGCGACGUCAAAGAGUUUAUGACUAAACACGGUCUCUAUGUGAGAAAUGACAAUACUGAUCUAUAA